GGUAUGGCUGCCAACGCCAAGUCCUUCCUGGCCGAUGCGGGCUACGGCGAGCAGGAGCUGGACGCCAACUCCGCCCUUAUGGAACUGGACAAAGGCCUCAGGUCCGGCAAACUCGGGGAGCAGUGCGAAGCCGUCGUUCGUUUUCCCAGGCUCUUCCAGAAAUAUCCUUUCCCUAUUCUCAUUAACUCGGCCUUCCUAAAGCUAGCUGAUGUUUUUAGAGUGGGAAACAACUUCCUGAGGCUUUGUGUGCUGAAAGUUACUCAGCAGAGUGAGAAGCACUUGGAGAAGAUCCUAAACGUGGAUGAAUUUGUCAAAAGAGUUUUCUCAGUAAUUCACAGCAACGAUCCAGUUGCCCGGGCUAUUACACUUCGGAUGUUGGGCAGCAUGGCAUCUAUUAUUCCAGAAAGGAAGAAUGCACAUCACAGUAUUCGUCAGAGCUUGGAUUCCCAUGAUAAUGUGGAAGUUGAAGCGGCUAUAUUUGCUGCUGCUAACUUUUCUGCACAGUCCAAGGAUUUUGCUGCUGGAAUAUGUAAUAAAAUCAGUGAGAUGAUUCAAGGUUUGGCCACACCUGUGGACUUGAAAUUGAAGUUGAUCCCUAUUCUGCAGCACAUGCAUCACGACGCUAGCCUGGCCUCCAGCUCCAGGCAGCUGCUUCAGCAGCUGGUAACAUCAUAUCCCUCUACCAAGAUGGUCAUUGUUACUCUGCACACCUUUACUCUGCUUGCUGCUUCUUCUUUGGUUGAUAUUCCUAAACAGAUCCAGCUUUUGUUGCAGUACUUGAAGAAUGACCCCAGGAAGGCUGUGAAGAGGCUUGCGAUCCAAGAUUUAAGGUUGUUGGCCAACAAGACACCACAUACAUGGAGCAGAGAAAAUAUUCAGGCACUCUGUGAGUCUGCUCUUCACACUCCUUAUGACAGCUUGAAACUGGGCAUGCUAUCUGUUCUUUCCACGUUGUCAGGGACCAUUGCCAUUAAACAGUAUUUCAGCAGUGCUCCAGGUACAGCAGCUACAACUGCGAGAUCAUUUGAUUUAGUAAAACUAGCACAGCAGUGCUGUUACCAUAAUAACCGUGGCAUUGCAGCACAUGGUGUGAGAAUUAUGACCAAUAUAUCAGCCUCUUGUCAGGAAAAAGAUCUUCUGCCUUUGGAGCAAGAUGCAGUUUUUGGCAUAGAAGCUCUUCUUGUUCUUUGUAGUCAAGAUGACAGUCCAGUAGCUCAGGCGACCUUAAAGAUCACGUUGACUUGCAUGGUGAAGCUGGUCAAGAGCCGUCCUCAUCUGAGCCAGUCAGUAGUCGAAUCCCUGCUGACCCAGUUGCACAGUGCCCAGGAUGCUGCCAGGAUUCUCAUGUGCCACUGUUUAGCAGCUAUUGCCAUGCAGCUGCCUGUACUAGCAGAUGGGAUGCUGGGAGACCUAAUGGACCUCUACAAAUUAAUUGGACGGUCUACCACAGAUAAAAAACAGGAGCUCUUGGUUUCUCUUGCCACAGUGAUAUUUGUUUCCAGUCAGAAGGCUUUGUCUUCAGAAAUCAAAACUGUUAUCAAACAGCAGCUUGAAAACACCUCCAAUGGGUGGACAGCCUACCGGAUAGCCAGGCAGGCUUCCAGAAUG